AUGUCCUUCGCCAGCUGCUCUGGCGAGAAUUUGCGUGUUGGUGGUGUGGUGGUGAGGGGUGCGUCUGAGUUUGGUUCCCCCCCAAUUUCAGCUGGUGCAGAUGCGGCUCGGCCUGGUGUUGCAAUAUUCCUUCCACUCUCGCCUCCUGGGCCCGCUUCUGUUUCCUCCCCACCACCACUUCCUUCACCUGCCUCGCCGCUCGCUGGAAACCAUUCUCCCGUCCCUGGCCUCUACCCGCUGCUCGCUGUCGCCCGCCUCUGCCGCCUCGCGAUGCCUGUGGCGCUUGGUGGCGAUUCCCCGCUCCCGUAUUCGCCGCGGCCAUUUGGCGUGGCGUCUGCUGCGCUUGCCUCGCCGGUGCUGUCGGCGCCAGUGGCCCCUGUUGCGGCGAUGUCCGCCGCGGGUUCUCCUGCUCACGCGUGCUCCACGGUAGUCGACUCUGGACGAGAGUCGGCGGGUGUGGCCGCCCUCCCGCGCGUGGUGGCGCCGACGCCUGUCCCUGCCUUCGUUCUGGCGCCUGCGGCUGCCGCGGCGCCUCUUCCUGCUCCUGGCGCGGCGCCCCCUCCUGUGCCUCACGUUCCGGAGUUGUCGUCGCCUGCUGCGGCGGCAGCUGAUGCUGCUGUUGUGGCGCCUGCGUCGGAUGUGCCACCGCUUCCUGCGCCGGUUCUGGCGCCACUUCCAGUGGCUCCUGUGGCGCUCCCCGUGGCUUCCUCGUCUGCACAUGCCCUUCCCCCGGCAGUGCAGCAGCGUAACUCCCGUCCUCAUUCGCCCUCCCCACGAGAUGAGCGAGAUGUGUCUCGGCAUCGGCGUGAUUCCCCUCGCCAGCGGCAGCCGCAGGCGAACUGGCAUGCGCACCAGGGUGGAUGGAGGGGAGGUCGCAGUCGCGGGCGCGGCGGGUGGCUAGACGCGCCUGCGACAAUUGCGGACGUGCGGCAGAUUGUGACCGAGGCGUUUCGCAACGGUCAGGCCGGCCCGGCGAGUCAGAACAGCUCAAGGCGUGCGGCUCCAACGACGUCUGCUCCCCUUCAGGCUGCUCGCCCUGUGGUUGCUCCAACGCCCGCGGUAUCGCUGCCGGCUCCCUCGGCCCCUGCUCGAAAUGGUGGGGCUGGACUUCCUCGACUACAGCUCCCCUCUCUGGCGGAGGAGCUCCUUCCCCCGAGCGCCGAAGUUCCGGAGGCGACGCUCGGUCAGUUGUGGAGGCUCUCGGAGAGCCUCCGUGCGCUCCUGCUUGUGCAGUCCCUGGCGCACGGGUCUCUUCCGCCUGUCCCGGCGGAAUCCCUGCUUGACGGCCCGCGGGACGACUGUCUUGACGCAGCCGACCAGAUUGCCCUCCUCCUGGCGCCUGUGUUGGCCGCGCCCGUGCGGGGAGGCGUUGGGGCUGUGGGGCAACUGGACGCGGCUGUGCGGGACUUACGGAGGUACCUGCGGGCAGGUUCCGGAGCUGACGCGAUUGGCGCCGCCAUUCUGGUGGUCCGCUCGGUGUGGCAGACGAUGACGGGCAUUCUGCAUGCCCUGCAGGCGGAUCGGAUGUAG